GUCUCGAACUCUCGCGAUAACUGACCGAAAAACAGCGGAGAUCUCGACACGCCGAAGAGGAAUGACAUCUUGUCAACAGUCCACAGAGAAGUAGCGUUACAGGUAUGCCACUGUGUGACACUGAGUAGCCACCUGCCCCAGUGCCUCUCCUGCUUCUGACCUCAUGACAACUCCACCACUUGGCCAGUUUCCUGCGCAGCAGGCGCAAGCAGCCCGGGAUGUAAACACAGCCUCGCUAUGUCGCAUUGGACAGGAAACUGUACAGGACAUAGUUUUAAGAACCAUGGAAAUUUUCCAGCUACUUAGAAACAUGCAGUUACCGAAUGGGGUCACGUACCAUCCGAACACGCAUCAGGACCGGCUGGGGAAGCUGCAGGAGCACCUGCGCAUGCUGUCUGUCCUCUUCCGCAAACUGCGCCUCGUCUAUGACAAAUGCAAUGAGAACUGCGCUGGUCUGGAGUCCAUUCCUCCUGAGCAACUCAUCCCCUACGUGGAGGACGACAGCUCCAAACUGGAUGAGCGUGUAGCCAGUCAGAUGCGUUCAGCUAGCGAAGAGAGAAGAGAAGUGCUUGAGGUGAACAAGAAACUCAAACAGAAGAACCAACAACUGAAGCAGAUAAUGGACCAGCUCAGAAACCUCAUCUGGGAGAUUAACUCCAUGCUAGCAGUGAGGAGCUAAACACACACACACACACAUACACACGGCCUACUUGAAGGCAUAUUAUUGUCUACACACACUGCAUUAAUGAGAUGUGUUUUCACUGAGCGUGAAGUGGAAAGAUAGCAAAGACAGACGAGGGGUACUGAGGUGAAAAAUUGCACGAAGGAAGGAGGGAAGAGGAACGAUGGAGUGAAAUGGGGUAAAUUUUGCUGCACGUUCGUGCUACAUGGCUCAGUAAGGAUUCAGUUUAUUUGCCUUGAAUUCAGUUUCCAGCAAGAACAUUUAAAAGACAGAGUGGACCUCUUACUUGUUGCGAAUUUCCUGAACUUUCAUUCUUAAUUAUCUUCUUGUAAAUCAGACACAUUUUUAUCUAAAUUAAAUGCUUUGUAACAAAAUGUAGCACCGAUAUAUAUUAUAGAACAUAUGUAAUAUAUAAUGCAGUGUUUAAAUUUUUAUUCAGUGCAAAACCUAUGUAAUGCCAGAAAUGCUGGCAGCGCUAUACUGCAUAAUUAUUAAACACUAUAUCAAUAAUGCUUUAAAAAAAUGGGAUUAGUGUUUUUAAUAUAAAAGCAUGUACCAUAAACAAGUCUUAAAGACAUUUGGGAAGCUUUUUGUGCUGCUCUGUGAAACUAAAGCCUGGCUGAUGUUUAGUCAGAACGGUGUUUGCUAGGGGGAGGAUGAUCUGAUCUUCAUUAAACAAGUAGUAAAAGCGCACGUUCAUUUCAAAGAAAGAGCGCAACGUCUGUUCAAACAAAAUGGCGGCUCUUCGACCAGGCCGAGGAUGUUGGCGCUUUGGAUGUGGGAUCAUCUGAAAAAUUAUUUUAUCUAAACUGUAUUUGAUACUGAAAUCAUUUAUCGAAACAGUUUCUUUUUUUAAGCUUGACUAAAGAGGAACACGUAUUUCGACAGCUUGUGCAUUUUUACAAACAGGAUGAGGAGCAUCACUAGCUCAACACUGAUUCCUUACGAUCUACACUUCUGUGAGGUGUUUGAGAAGAAGGUGCUGCUUUCUGCCUGUUUACAUGUUACACAUCUGUCAGUCACAGUGGAUGUGAACGCACGCAAUUCCAAACUAUUGCCUUUGCAACAUGUCGGAAGUGUCAAAAGAACGUUAACAACAUCAGGCUACACACAAAUAAAAUAAACACACGAUCAUCUACCAUCAAAUAUGACUUUUAUUCAUUUUCUUAUAAAUCAUUCAUACAAAAUUGGCAUUAUUCUAUUUUCUUUAUUAUCUCUAUAAAAAAACGUCUGUUAAUUACAGGAGAAAGGAGGGUGGACAGGAGGGUGCAAAGUCAUAACGUUUUUUUGUUUGUUUGUUUGUUUGUUUCUAUAGAAAAAAAGUUCUCAGAUGCUGAUGAGUAAGUAGUCUGAAGUGGUCAUGCAAGUCUGCAGAUGUUAACCCGAACAAACGAGAGCUCUCGGAGAGACUCCGGCGUAAGAGAAUAUGAAGCUGCUUAUGUGGCAUGUUACGCUCGAACAUACUUUUCCCUUCUUCAUUAAUGUGAAACGAUCAAAAAAUUCCGAGCCCAAAUUGAAUCAAAAAGGCACAAUCAGGCAAAGAUCACUGCUCAUGGCCGGUCAUGAUUCUAAGUGCUGUUUUUUUUUAUUUUUUUUUAUUGCUAAUCAAAGUUUAUGCAGGAGCUUUUCAAAAAUAAAUGUCUCAUUCAUAUAUGAUGCCAGUUCUAGCUUUAUGAAGGAAGAAUUUCAUGGUAGAAAAUGAAAAAUAGCUGGAGAAAAUCAUUUCCCUUAUGGCUGCCGGUUACCACAAGUCUUUGGUGACAGAUUACACAACAGCAGCAGCAGCAGCAGCCUGAGCCUUCAAAAAAAAAAAUAUAAAAAAAUAAAGGCGCCAGCGAACAAUGAGAAUAGUGUCCGAACAAAUUGUUAACACUGUAUGAAAUCACAUAAUCCUCUGAUUUUGCAUUCAUACUCGAUCACAUUAAAGUUACAGGCCAUGGGAGUAAUACCACAAAGCUGCACAUACUUUUGUCAGCUGGAAGGAAACAAAAUGGAAACCGUACAAAAAUUUGUUCGUUGUUUUUUUUUUUUGAUGCUGUACAAAUGUCCGAACACUCUGUCCACUUGGUGCGUGUGUGAAUACUAUACAUAUACGCAAGAAAAUAAAUACAGUUUAUGUACAGCAAGGCUGCGUUCGUCAAUAUGGCUAUUUUCACCAGCUUACCGAGUUGAAAAUGAAGACUUCAAAUGAGACGGUGAAACGAAACAAUUCACAAAUCAUAGCGCGCGAUUGGAUAUAAAAUGAAAUUAAGACGGUUUAUUCAACUUAGCAGUUCACCAGAUGUGUACCAGUGUUUCCUGCCAGCCACAUUAGCUAUUACUCUUUAAUUACCGUCAUCCGUCAUGUUUAAAUGAUAGACGGGGAAAUUAAACAAGGCUAAACCUUCUGGAAAAUUGUCUUUACUCCGCAUUCGUAACACAUGGUGCCGCAAAUCAAAGCCUCAUCACUGGGAAUAACGGAUUCUGCUAAAAAAAAAAAAAUCCCACGUCAAGAUGGUUAAAGACACAUCACAGACUGCAGACACAAAUACAUACAGGAAAAGAUUCAGAUUUGCUUUGGGGUGUUUUAAUUUUCUGCUCAAUUACCUAAAACUGUCUGGAAUUGCGCUGAUAAUAAUUACAAAUACAAAUGUAAUCGUAAAUAGUCUGGAAAAGUAAAGAAUACAAAACAGAACAAUAAAAAAAAAAA